AUGUAAUAAAAUUCUUUUUUUGAUGAGAAAGAUGAAAUGGAGAUUGAAAAUUUAUUAGCAUCUAUGAAAUAAUCAAAAGAUUAUGCUGUAAAACAGAGUAUGAAUUUAUUUUACAAACCUUUCAAAUAAAAUGAUUUAAAACUUGAAAAUGAGAUGAAUGAUUCCUCCUUUUCAUCAAACAUUAAAAAAGGAUUUUAAAAUUAUAGCAACUUGAGUAUAAAAUUUAUCUAAGGAAAGUAUCUGAAAAAAAUAACAAAAAAAAGAAAAAUUAGAAAUAAUUUUAAAUAAAUAAUUAAAAUUUUCUCGAAGAUUAAACGUAGUUCGCAUCAAAUAAAAGUGAAUUUUUUUUUUAAGAGUUGAACAACUUAUUAGUUCAAGCUAAAGAGAAAAUUUAUUAUAAUUCUUAGAUAUCUUCUUGUAAAAAUGAUUUAAGUUAAUGCUAUGGAACAUUUAGUCAAAUUAAGCAAUAAAUAUAUGAAAUUGAAAAAGUUUUUAGAGGUAUUUAUUUUUAAAUAACACAAAUAAGCUAAAGAUGAUGAACUUUUUCAAUUAAAUAUUGAAUUGGAGAAAGAAUUCAAUAUUUGUAGAAAUCAAAACUUUAUGGAUUUUGUAGCAAAUUCUUAGAUGAAUUAAACUUUAGGUAUUCACAAAAAAUAUCAAUAAAUUUAAGAAAUAAAAAAAAACAAGUUUAAGACUUUUAACAAAAAAUAUGAGGAGAAUUUCAACCAAAUAAGAAGGGACUUUGAUGAUUUAAAAAAGAGUAUUUAAGAGAUGUUUUCAAAAAUAACAUUUAAUUCUUAUAUAUAAGACAUUGAGAAAAGUCAUUUAAUUUAUUUUUAAGAUGAUAAAUUAGAAGGAGAAUUUUAACCUAAAUCUCUUUAAUUAAGAGAGGAUUAGAAUAUAGAAAUUUUUAUUGAAGAUUUGACGCAAAUAUUCAAUAUUAGUAAAGAAGAUUAUUAAAAUAUUGAGGAUCUAAAAUAAUAAAUUUUAAAAUGUGUAGAAUAAUAAAAAAACCAUUUAGAAAUAAUUUAGACCAAUUAAAAUUUAAGCAUGAAUUAACAAAUAAUUAAAUUAAAUAUUAUUAAAGAUGAGUUAAAAAAUGAAUUAAUUUAGUUAAAUUAGUUUAAGGAAUUAUAGGAAAAAAUCUUGGAUUAAAAUAAAAUAGAAAUCUAGAAACUUUAAUAAAAAUUAGAAUAAAUAGAGAAAAGGGAUUACCUAUAUCUAAAUACUAAAUUAUUUUAACAUGUAUAGAUUUAAAUGGAACAGUAAUAAAAUUUAAUUUAAAUAUCUUUAAUAAUAAUAUAGUAAUUAUUUUAAUCAAAUUCUUUUGAAUCAAGUUUAAAAAUAACUUUAAGUGAAAAAUAUAAAUAUUUAAAUAAUUAUUUUGAGGAAGCUAAGAAAUUAAUAAAUGAAAGAAGUUGGAAGAUAGAAAAUAAUCCUUUAAAAUAUUUAUAACUUCAUUAAUAAAAGAUUGAAGAAACAAUAAAUAUUAUUUAUUUAGAAUACUGUAAAAUGAUUAGUUGGAUUAAAUAAUAAAGAGAGAUUUUGAUGGAUUAGUUGUGA